AUGACACUGGAAAAGGAGAAAAUUGAUGUCGACCGCAUUUAUAAUAUGGUCGAAAGUAGUCUAUCCACAGUGCAGAGGCCUCCAAAAAUUUUUGCGAAAACGAGAAAGAAACAAGUUGGGUCGAUAACUAGCGCUGAGAGAGGUCAACAUAUAACAUGUGUCUGCUGCAUGAAUGGUAUAGAAAAUUUUGUGCCACCAGCUCUGAUUUUCCUCAGGAAAAAUAGAAAGGAGGAGCUUCUAGAUGCUUUACCUCCAGGGUCCUUUGGAUUAUUUAACGAAACUGGAUGGAUGACAGCUGAUACCUUUGUUUUGUGGCUGAAGCAUUUCCAGAACUUUGUUAAGGCUUCUCUCGAAUCAAAAGUUUUGUUACCUUUGGAUGGGCACUCGAACCAUAAAUCACUAAAUGCAUUGACAUUUGCCAAAAACAAUGGAAUAAUUAUGUUGUGCUUUCCUGCGCAUUGCACACAUCGUAUGCAGCCGCUCGAUGUCUGUUUUUAUGGUCCUCUGAAGACAUUUUAUAAUCAGGAAUGUGCAAUCUGGCUGAAAAAUCAUCCGGGACGUGUAAUUACACAGAAUCAAAUCGGCGAACUGUUCACUUCUGCUUAUGGAAAAGCAGCAACGAUAAAAAACGGAUUUUUGAAAACGGGCAUUCGUCCAUUCAACACAAAUAUCUUCCCAGACGAUUUCUUCGAGGCAGCUGAGACCACAGAUAGGUUGCUGGAGCCAAGCAACAUAGAAGAAGAAACAUUUAAUCGGCCAGAAACAUCAGUCAGCAAUGAAAUAGAAGACAGUGAGGUGUUCUGA